CUUCUAUCCUUCAUGUUAAUUUUGUUCGAUGCCUUAUAUUCAUGCAUUCAUGUCGUAUUGAGCAGUAGAGAACUAGAAAGGCAGCAGCAGGCAGCAGGUAGCGGAUAGUGCGAUAACUGUAGCGCAAGAGAUCGUGCGGGAAUUUAUAAAAGUAAGGAAUACAUUGAGAAUUUCCUUAAAUACCCUUAAAUUUGUUCAUUUAAAAUAUAAACAAGAAUGCAUUGGCUCAAGAUUUCGUGUAUCCUUUGUUUGUUUGGAUGUUUUAAGGAGUUUCGACCUUCCGAAUCAUUUGUGACUGAUUACUUGACUGGAUCAUGGAAGAAUUUUACAGCUGAUGAAGUAAAUCAGCAAAUCUAUCCUGUAUCCACAUAUAGUUACUUAGCAACACUGGUACUCAUCUUCUUGAUUACAGACUUUGUCAGAUACAAGCCCAUUAUUAUAUUAUGUGGUGUCUCUGGCAGUAUUACGUUCCUCAUGAUAAUAUUUGGAAAGACUAUACUAGUAUUCCAGAUUUUAGAAUUUUUUUAUGGCUUAUUUAUGUCCACAGAAGUAGCCUAUUACACUUAUAUAUAUGCCAAAGUAGAUAAAAAACAUUAUCAAGCAGUAACAAGUCAUACCAAAGCAGCUACGCUGUUUGGUCGUAGCUUGUCCAGCAUUAUAGCACAAUUAACAGCUUCCUUCAACUUACUGAGUUAUCACGAGCUUACUUAUAUAACUCUUUCAGCCUGUAUUUUUGCGACGGGUUGGUCACUUUUCUUGCCUUCUGUAAAUCAGUCAAUGUAUUUCCAUCGCGUCAGCAUUUCCGAUGAGGAGCAAGGGACACGAGCGCUUGAUCAUCAGUUGCAAUAUUCAAGUAGUCCACAGAAUGUCGAAAAGAGCAAAGCGAAGCAUUGCCGUUUUGCGAUAUCAAAUGCGUCGUUACUUCGUAAGAUUAAAAAUGCAUAUGCAUUGUUGUGGAAGCACUUCAUACAGGCCUACACGAAUUACCGUGUGACCAAGUGGUCGAUCUGGUGGGCACUGGCUACAUGCGGCUACUUGCAGAUCAGCAGCUACAUUCAGCUGCUAUGGCAGACCGCAGUUAAGCCGGGCGACAUGAUCUACAAUGGUGCCGUGGACUUCAUCUAUGCAAUCGUGGGUGCAGUAACAGUAUUUUGUGUAGGAAAGAUACAGUUAAAUUGGACCUUGAUAGGAGACGUGAUAUUAUCUAUAUUUUCACUCCUUGAAGGCGCUAUACUAUUGGGAUGCUUUUACAGCUACAACAUUUGGUUCCUAUACUUCGGUUACAUUGCUUUCGGCGUGGUUCAUCACACCAUGGUCACUGUUGCAAGUUUUGAGGUCGCCAAAUCCAUAUCCGAGGAUAGUUACGGCCUCGUAUUCGGGGUGAAUACGUUCUUCGCAUUGUUGACCCAGAGCUUGCUAACUCUCGUGGUCAUCAAUACGCUCAAGUUAAAUAUUAGGGAGCAGUUCCUUAUCUAUGGCAGCUAUUUCAUGAUCCUGGCCAUAGUGUAUAUUGUGAUGGGCAUCAUCAAUGUCAUGCAGCAUUGUCGAAGCGGCGCAGACUUCCAUGUGUGGAUCGGCGGUGGUGAUAGAUGUCUAUCCGUGAACAAUGCAAAUGAUGUGAAACACGUAGAUAAUUGAGAUUGACGCGAGUAAUUUUAUGUACAUAGUUUUAUGUACAUAGUUUUUCUAAUUGUUAAAUAGUCCACGUUGUGACUGUUUUUAUAAGAUAGUUUUAUCAUUGAUAUAAAUCAUUUUAUAUCAUUUUGUUCCUAGAAUUUUAUACGUAGUGAUACGUAGUGUACUUAUCGUACAAAUGAUAUAUAUGCAGUAUUAAACUGUUGAUUGUUAAUUAUUUUUAUAAAAUAGUCAAAAUACUUUAUAUUGGAUGCCGAUUAGAUUCGUCAUCUUUUCUUCUUUCCGUUUUGUUUUUAUUACAAGAUGAGGAAUUUUACAUUUGUCUCUUUAAAAAAAAAAAGCAGUAUAAUAAAACUAUAUUUGCGAUUAGUUGUAGUUAUGUCAAUUAAGAUUGUAAAUCAAUUUUAUGUUAGAGAAAUGAUGAUUUUUCGUGCAUCCAAUUCCGUAUUAUUGUUUAAUAAAAAAUGAACAGUAAAUAGUUGUUGACAUUGUA